CGAUAACCUGAAGCAACUUCUUCUGGUCGACUCGAUUCGUCUCGUCUCUUCCGCAGGUAUGGAGGGAGGAGGGAGAGGAGACGCACUUAGCUCUACUUCAUCGCCAACACCUUCAUCUGCCGCUUUCUCCCGCACAUCUCUCCAGCCCUUCUUUUGCGAGAUUGAAUGUUCCGGCACAUGUGAAAAGGGCGCUAGUGACGCCCACCAUUCCUCGCGACAAGAGCUGUUGCGCCAUUAAAGCCGGCGAGUUUGUUUCUGCAGAGCGCAGCAGGUGGAAGAACAGCGCAGGUCUAGCCACGAGCAGCCAGUGUCGAAGACCCAGAGAAAGGAGGAGGAGAGGAGGAGGAGGAGGAGGAGGAGCCUUAUGAUUGGCUAUGGUGUUCGGGUUCUCGUACUUCUCCUGCCCUACGAUUCUAUUCAAUCCACAUUCUACCUCCCUGGAUUGAGCUCGCUGGCUCCUGGCUCCUGGCUCCCUUCCCGUCGGUGAGAAGCAGGAUUCGGUGUGGGGAUGGGCCGACCCAUCCGAUCCAUGAAGCGGAAAGGAGGCUAACUGUAAGCCUCAGCGGAGAUGGCAGAAAGCUUACAGUACAUCGCGUGAUGGCCACAAUGAUGACAAUGAGCAUAACGGACUGAGAGUGGAUUUCGCGCAAUGAAUGAGUAGGGAUUUGCGGAGUCGGUAGAAAGUGGAAGAGGCUAUUGGCGCGGAAGUUCACAACACGAAAUACCCGGCCCUGCAGAAGAGACUGUCUCGAGGGAGAGAAGGUUGCGGCCGCAGCAGCAGCAGCAGCAGCAGCAGGAUGAUGAUGAUGAUGAAGAGGAGAAAGGCAGAGUCCUCGUUUGACCGGAGCAAAGCAUGAGAAGAAAGAUCAAUCGAAUCGAGGGAUUGAUUGUCUGAUUGAUCUCCGACGUAAUAAUCGUAUUGAUCCCUUCGUUCCAUCGUCCUUGAUUGAAGCAGCAGGGUGAGGGUCAACUCCCCACGUGUUGCCGCAUUUCCGAUUCUGGAGUCCGGAAAGCCACGAGGCACGGCGUGUUUGCUUUCGUGUGGACUGACGGAGGGCGUUGGUGGGCACAAAGCUCGCUCUGGGCGUCGAUGAGAUUUAACCUUUUGGAUGCGAGCGUCUGACACCAUUAUAGCGAGACCGCGGGAGAGCAGGAGGGUUCCGAGAGAUAGAACUGAAGGAAGCAGUAGCGUGAGUUGAUCUUGUGCUCCCUUCUGAGGGGACCGAGUCGAAUAGAAGAUAGAAGGGAGAGAGAAAUAGAGAUAAAAGAGAACACUUGCUUCGAUUGACGCCUCUUCUUGAUCGCCCAGUUUUACACGAUGGUGAUACUUAAUGUCCGUGCUGCUUUCGUCGAUGUUUCUUCCUCGAGCGGAGCGAUCGGUCGGUUUUACUGGAGGCGAGCGAGGUCGGAUGCGCUGUUUUCGCCAUCGGCGAUGUGGAGUUGUGCAUGGAGAGGAUGAAAGGAGGAGGAUGUGCGAGAAUCCGUUUCUUUGAAUUGAACUGCAUCGCAUUCAAAUUCGUAGCACCCGUUCUUCGGGGUUGAAGAAAGAUAGGGCACUUACUGCUCGUGUUAGCGUAAAAUUGACAUCGGAGCGAAAGCAGAAGCUGUUAAAGAAAUCUUAUCUGGAAUUUAGUCACAUGCUUCUGGAAGGAGCAAUUGUUGCUCAAAGUAGCGCUAGCGGAGGGGACACGAUGUUGUUGGAAGAGUUGCCCGAGGAUUGUAUCGAGUCGAUAAUUUCGUACACGAGCCCUUGGUAUGCGUGCCGCUUGGCGUGCUUGAAUCGGACGCUGGCUUCUGCUGUUCGCUCUGAUACUGUUUGGGGUGGGAUGCUACCCAGCGAUCACGCGCUCGUGUAUCCCCGGGCUGCUCAUCUGAGCAAGCGGGAAAUUGUCGAAGCUUUGGCUGAAGGAAUUUCUCUGGACCAAGGGCGGCAGCGAUAUGUGCUUUUACGUCGUUCGGGAGGAAUCUGUCGACAGCUUUCGGUCGCAGCCAUGUCGGUUUCGUGGGGUGAAGAUUGUCGAUUUUGGCGCUGGGAUUUCUCGCGGAGUUCCUGCUUCUCUAGAGUGGCCCAUCUGCUGGCUGUCUGCUGGCUGGAGGUGACCGGCACCUGGAAGUGCUCGCUGCCUCCGGGGAUAUAUUCUGUUGUGUGGCGUCUCAAAGUUGCAAACCCUCAAGGGGGUCGCUGCCAGUUUUUAUCGUGGAAGAAACCCCUGAGCUUUGUAGUGAAUACGUCCGAUGACCAAGACUUGGAGAAGGAGUUGGACCUGGGUCAGAUCCAAACGAAUGUGUUUGAGGAAUGGUUUGAGUUCGAGGUUGGUCAGAUUGUGGUUCGGGGAAAAGGACGGGAGGUCAAGCAGCUCCAUCUGUUUUUCUCAAUCAAGGAGGUCGACUGCACGUACUGGAAAGGAGGCUUGUUUCUGGACUGUCUGGCCCUUCGCCCUGCCACCGCCCAGGAUGAACCCGUCUACACCAAACCUUCCAGAGCAGACUGGAAGAAGAUGAGAGUCCGGCCCGGAGUGUUUUGAUAUCUCCUGUGUACAUUUUGUUUGUUUUGUACGAGUAGUGACCAGAGAAACUGAUGUACAGGCUAUACUGAGGUCCACCAUGUCACCAGUGGACACCAGUUCUUUCUGGUGAGGAGACCUGAUAGUUGAUGCUCUGAACAGAUUUAUGACUCGAAAUGUAAAUCCUUUGUACAAAUAGAAGAGUAGUCGAUUGUUUAUUCUUUAGAACAGUUGUACGGUACAGGCUGAGCUGGGAAGGACGUUGGCGACUGCCUGAUUACACAGCCUCAGACUGACAGAGUAGUUGAUGAUGUACACUGAAGCUUGGAAGGUGCACUGUGAGCUCUGAUGGACAAGUAGACCCGAUGGCAUUUUCAGUAGUUGAGCUGUGACUAGGAAUGCUGGCAUAUUGUAGGAGUCCGUCCACAACUGGUUCAAGCCAUGAUCAUAUGCGUUAGUCCGACUUUUGAGAGUAUCAAGAACCCAUCCCAAGCUUCACUCUAGGGAGUGCAUGAAGAAGGUGCAGAACUGCCGUGAUCUAUUCGACGCACCUGACGCUCGUCUCACGUGCAUGCCUUUACCGUGUACAUCCUUGUACAGUUCCACUGACAAGCGAAUGAACUCGCUGGAAGGGUAGCCAGAAGUUCGAGGGCCUUCUCACAAGGCUCUCCGCUACCUUCUGUUACACGAUUCUCAU